CUCGGCGAGCCCCUCGGCAGGGGUGCGAUGGGCGUGGUGCGAGUGGCGACGCGCAAGUCCGACGGGUGCAAGUUCGCGCUCAAGACCAUCCCCAAGGCGGGACCUCAGAGCCUCUCCGGCAAGACCCCCACGGGCGAGGCCAUGAGCAUCUGGGAGCGGAAGGUUCGCGACGAGGUCUCCCUGCACUUCGCCCUCGGCGCGUCGCUCGACAUCGUCACCCUGCACGACGGCUUCGAGGACGAGGCGGGCGUCCACCUCCUCAUAGACCUCUGCGACGGCGGCGACUUGCUCUCCGGCGCAUCCUGCUGGACGCCCUUCUCCGAGGCCACCGCGGCGCCGAUGAUCCGCGGCAUGCUCCGCGCGCUCGCCGCGUGCCACGAGCACGGCGUGGUUCACCGCGACGUGAAACCCGCCAACUUUCUCUUCAUGCGCGAAAGCGACGGUCGGAACCGGCUCAAGCUCUCCGACUUUGGCUUGGCCGCGAGAAUUCCCGCGAUCGGCGCGACGCUGACGGAGCAGUGCGGCACGUACGCGUACCUGUCCCCGGAGAUGGCCAGGCGCCGACCGUACGAUUUCAAAAUCGACGCGUGGGCCGCCGGGGUGGUUGCGUACAUGUUACUCGCGGGUGAACCCCCGUUCGCGGAUUGGGACGCCAUACGCGAGGGCCGGUCCCCAACCAAGGACGGCUUGCUCCGAAACAUCCGCCGCGGCAAGCCCGACACGCCCAUCGAGAACCUGCCCCUCUCCCCCGGCGCCAAGUCGCUGCUCCAGAAUUUGCUCCACGUCGACCCCGAUAAGCGCAUGAGCUGCAAGGAGGCGGCGGAGCACUACUGGGUUCGGGAGAAGGGCGCGGCG